CGUGCAGCAAUGAUUAAACUGUUCUCCCUCAAACAACAAAAGAAAGAUGGUGAAGCAACACCGAAGGCCGGAGGACAGAAGAAAACUUUCACUGCCGCACAGUUGCGAAUCACGAAAGAUAUCAAUGAGCUAAACCUCCCGAAGACGUGUGCCACCGAGUUCCCGGAUCCGGACGACUUAUUGAACUUCAAGCUCAUCAUCUGUCCGGAUGAGGGUUUCUAUAAGGGCGGUCGUUUCGUGUUCAACUUUAAGGUUGGACCGAACUACCCGCACGAGCCACCGAAGGUCAAGUGUGAAACCCAGGUCUACCACCCAAACAUAGACCUUGAGGGUAAUGUCUGUUUGAACAUUCUGCGCGAAGACUGGAAACCGGUACUGACGAUCAACUCGAUCGUGUAUGGAUUGCAGUACUUGUUCUUGGAACCGAAUCCCGAGGAUCCGCUCAAUCGGGAAGCGGCGGAAGUGUUGCAAACCAAUCGACGCCUGUUCGAGCACAACGUGUUCAAAGCGAUGCGCGGCAACUAUAUUGGCGCGACGUACUUCCAGCGCUGUCUCAAGUGAUAUAUAAAUUCGAAACUAACCCUUA